AUGGGCAUCAAUAAUCUGUGGGAGGUACUUGAGCCUGCUGCAACGACGGUACCCGUCGUGUCCCUUGCUGUCUCAGACCGCUAUGUAGGACCAGCGCCUCACUCACCCUAUGUAGUGGGUAUCGAUGCAAGCGGAUGGUUUGAACAAUGUCAGCAAGGAAGAUGGCACCGUGCGCAUUCUCAAACUGGAAUGAACCCCACCAUUAGGACCUUUCUGUUUCGGCUCGCUCGACUUGCAUGGCACCCAGUACAGCUCAUUUUCUGUUAUGAUGGCGAUCAGCGGCCCGAUGUCAAAAGAGGCCAUCGUGUGUCUACAAAAGACCACUGGAUGGUCCAGCCCACUCAGCGUAUCCUCAAUGUGUUCAACAUGCAAUGGAUUACGGCUGCGGGAGAGGCUGAAGCUCAACUAGCAUUGAUGAACAAUGCAGGGAUCAUUGAUGCUGUUAUGACUGAUGAUAGCGAUGCCUUUGUCUUCGGUGCUCAGACCGUCCUUCGAAACUCGUCAUUCUCAGCUGAUGCAACUGCGACCGUCAAGAUGUACACUACUAGUUCCAUCCAGGAACGGGUGGAACCACACCUUACCAUUGACGGAUUCAUGACCAUGGCUGUCUGCUGUGGCGGCGACUACGACAAUAAUGGCCUUCCUGGGUGUGGUCGUGAGACUGCCCUUGGUCUCGUGCACUGCAUGAAUACCAGUGUGCUACGAGACACUGGAUGUGGCAGAAACUCGCCCGAUCAGACCCUUGAACGGUGGCGGAUGGAUGCUCGGUACCAUCUCAUGGAUGAUCCCACGGGCGAGAUGGGUCGAGCUCACCCUGCCAUUGCCCGAGCCCUUCCUGAUUCAUUUCCCAAUCAACACAUUCUGAAUUUGUAUGCAAAACCUGCCAUCACCCCACUCACGGAGCUUCCCAUCCUGCAUUCCCCUGCACCACCUGACCUCGCACCAUUGGCCUUGCUCGUCCAGCAACUCCUUGGUUGGGACCCGAAGAAACUCAUCAGCUCAUUUCGUUCUAACAUCUGGCCCAUUGUGGUCUUGCACGAAUUGCUCGAGGACAUUGCAAAAAACUCCCCUGCGAGUGAUGAGAUUGACCUCGCACCAGGGUGUACGAGGGCAAUAUUUAAGUGUUGUGUGAGGCAUCCAAAGAAAGUCCUUGCGGGGAUUGCAGGCCACAACAAUGAUGUGCCCAUCUGUGAUCUUGAACGAGCGGCACUUCAGCUGCUUCCCACUGGAAGCUCGAAGGGUUCAGAUGAUGUGACACAAUCAACUGAGUAUAUUCGUGUAUGGCUUGCUGAUGACAUAUAUGACUGCUGGGUCCGAACGAUGUUCCCUAUGUCUCCGGAGCCUUCCACGUCACACGCAAUUGACCUCGAGGACAACACAAUGGAUGAUGGCCCUGCGUCGUCUGCUGCCACUGUCUCCUCCUCUUCAUAUGUGGAUAUCAUCGACCUCACCCAAGACGAAGGUGGAGACCAUGAAAUUAUUGACCUUACUAUCUGA